GCAGAAGAAUGGACCCUAUAUAUCACAAGCACCAUUAAUUAUCCUUUCAGGACCCGAAAUCCUUCUUUUUAAACCGAUAGAAAGCUAGUUCCUGAUCGUAAGAUAAGAAAAGGUAGCGAAAUGGAAAGUGGGAAACACUUCGUUUUAGUUCAUGGAGCUUGCCAUGGAGCAUGGUGCUGGUACAAGCUUGUAACUAUGCUCAAACUAGCCGGCCACCAUGUGACUGCCUUGGACCUUGGUGCUUCAGGUAUUGACCCAAGGCGGCUUGAUGAGAUUACAUACAUUUCAGAUUACUCGCAGCCUUUAAUGGAGUUCAUGGCUUCUCUUCCUCAGGAUACGAGAAUUGUUUUGGUUGGUCAUAGCUAUGCUGGUCUAUGUAUUUCUCUAGCCAUGGAGAACUUUCCUGAGAAAAUUUUGGUUGCAGUUUUUGUUUCAGCUUAUAUGCCUUCUUUCAGCUCUCCACCAGGAAAUCUCAUACAAGAAUACUUCAAAAGAACUUCAGCGGAGCCAUCAAUGGAUUGCCAAUUUACGUUUGCUAAAGGAAUAGAAAAUCCUCCAACUUCAGCAAUCUUUGGUCCAGAAUACAUGAAAAUAAAGAUGUAUCAGUACUGCAAACCUGAGGAUCUUGAACUAGCUAAGAUGCUGAUAAGACCAACUGGGUUAUUUUAUGAGGAUUUUGCCAAUAAUUCUAUGCUAACAGAAGUGAAAUUCGGGUCGGUCUGUCGGGCUUUUAUAGUUUGUGAAGAAGAUGAAGUGAUGACGGAAGAAUUUCAGCAAUUCAUGAUCAAGAAUAGCCCACCUCAAGAAGUGAAAGUGAUCAAGGAAGCUGGUCAUAUGGUGAUGCUUUCAAAGCCUAAAGAGCUUUGCCUAUGCAUGGAAGAGAUUGCUGACAAGUAUAGUAAAUAGCUGAGAAAUAUGCGUAGCACAUAACAAUUAUUCAGUUGAAUUAGAUAAGUAUUGUAAGUACUGUAUGUUGUUUUCUGUCUAUUACUUCAGAAACAAAUAAUAGAAAACUCUAAUUUGGGCAAUGAAA